CUCUUUUCUUUCCUCCAUUUUGAGAGACGCCGAGAGGCCGCUUGAAAGAUGCAGCUUUUUGUCAGAGGGCAGAGUCUGCACACCCUAGAGGUGUCCGGACAGGAGACUAUUUCCCAGAUCAAGGAUCAAAUCUCCUCUCUGGAGGGAAUCCCUUCUGAGGAUCAGGUUGUUGUCCUUGCUGGCUCCCCACUUUCUGAGGAACAUACCCUGCAGCAGUGCGGCGUAUGUGAUCUCAGCACCUUGGAUAUAGUUGCACGGCUGUUGGGAGGUAAAGUCCAUGGUUCUCUCGCUCGUGCCGGAAAAGUGCGAGGCCAAACUCCAAAGGUGGCCAAGCAAGAGAAGAAGAAAAAGAAGACUGGCCGGGCCAAGAGACGCAUGCAGUACAACAGGCGCUUUGUCAAUGUGGUACCCACCUUUGGCAAGAAGAAGGGACCUAAUGCCAACUCUUAAAUGAACAAAGUUAAAUAAACAUCUGAAGCUCA